GUCGGCUUUUCUUGCUGCCGGCCAUGCCGACUGUCAGCGUGAAGCGGGACUUGCUUUUCCAGGCACUGGGAAGGAGUUACACGGAUGAAGAAUUUGAUGAACUUUGCUUUGAGUUUGGCUUGGAGCUUGAUGAAAUUACCUCUGAAAAGGAAAUAAUAAACAAAGAGCAAGGUGAUGCAAAGGCAGAGGGUGCAUCUCAAAUCAUUCUCUAUAAAAUUGAUGUUCCUGCUAACCGAUAUGACCUCCUUUGUUUGGAAGGUCUAGUCAGAGGUCUUCAAGUCUUUAAAGAGAGGAUAAGGGCCCCACGAUACAAAAAGAUCACGCCACCUCCUGGUGAACUCCAAAGACUUUCCAUUACGGAAGAGACUGCUCAAGUCCGUCCUUACGCUGUGGCUGCAGUUCUUCGUAACAUAAGUUUGACCAAGGACCGCUAUGAUAGCCUCAUUGACCUUCAAGAAAAAUUACAUCAGAAUAUAUGCAGGAAAAGAUCGUUAGUAGCAAUUGGAACCCAUGAUUUAGACACUGUCUCUGGUCCUUUUAUAUAUACAGCUAAACCGCCAUCUGAAAUUAAAUUCAAACCCUUGAAUCAGGACAAGGAGUAUACUGCCUCUGAACUCAUGGAUCUAUACAGGACGGAUAGCCAUCUUCGGCAUUAUCUGCACAUUACUGAAAAUGAACCACUUUAUCCAAUUAUCUAUGAUAGCAACGGUGUUGUACUUUCCAUGCCACCAAUAAUUAAUGGAGACCAUACGAAAAUAAAUCUCAACACCAGAAAUGUGUUCAUUGAGUGUACAGGUACAGACCUUACCAAAGCAAAAAUUGUCCUUGAUAUCCUAGUCACGAUGUUCAGUGAAUACUGCCAGAAGCCAUUCACUGUUGAAGCAACAGAGGUGACUUAUCCCAAUGGAAAAAGCUACAUCUUUCCAGAGUUGGCUUAUCGCCGAGAAAAGAUAAAGCCUGACAUCAUGAACAAGAAAAUAGGAAUUAAUGAGACUCCAGCAAGCCUUGCAAAGCUGCUCACCAGGAUGUGUUUGAAGUCUCACGUCAUAGGGAAUGGGAACAAUAUAGAGGUUGAAAUCCCUCCUACAAGGUCUGACAUUAUCCAUGCGUGUGAUAUCAUAGAAGACGCUGCAGUCGCGUAUGGCUAUAAUAACAUUCAGAUGACUAUUCCGAAAACAUACACCAUAGCUAAUCAAUUUCCUCUCAAUAAACUGACAGAACUCCUGAGACAAGACUUGGCAGCGGCAGGUUUCACUGAAGCACUCACUUUUGCUCUGUGUUCCCAAGAAGAUAUUGCCAACAAACUGGGGAUCGACAUCUCUGCAACAAAAGCAGUGCAUAUAGCAAAUCCAAAAACAGCAGAAUUUCAAGUGGCACGUACUACCCUCUUACCUGGUCUCCUGAAAACUAUUGCUGCUAACAGGAAGAUGCCUCUACCUCUGAAACUCUUCGAGAUCUCUGACAUUGUAGUAAAAGACUCCACCAAAGAUGUAGGUGCAAGAAACCACAGGCAUCUCUGUGCUGUCUACUAUAACAAAAAUCCUGGCUUUGAGGUGAUUCAUGGGCUGCUAGAUAGAGUCAUGCAGUUGCUGGAUGUCCCACCAAGUAAAGAGAACGGAUAUUACAUUAAAGCAACAGAAGACUCUGCUUUUUUCCCUGGGCGCUGUGCUGAGAUAUUUGCUAAGGGACACAGCAUUGGGAACCUCGGAGUCCUUCACCCUGACGUCGUCACCAAGUUUGAGCUCACCAUGCCCUGCUCUGCUCUCGAAAUCACAAUCGAGUCUUUCUUGUGAACUUCGGAUAGCAGCAUCCCUUUUCCGUCCACACCAUUCUUGUAACCAGCCGGGUUUCUUGGUAACUUUUAGA